AUGGCCACCAUGGCAGCUCCUCAUCAGCCCCGAUACGACCUCGAGGAUCCGGGAUUCCCUCGCAACGCCCGCGAGGCCCGUGAAGCUGCCCGCGCCGCGAGAAAUGGCUCAAGCCCUCGCUACAGGCGCACGCAGUCUCCCGAGCAGGUCGACGACUACCGCUUCGCCGGAGAGGACGACAUGCGCUCUCCUACGUCUGACGUGGCAUUGCAGGAUGCCAUGCUCGCACAGGCACAGCAGCAGCAGCAGCGUGUGGUUCCGGUUGGUCAGAAUGGCCGUAGUGGAGGGCAGCGCAGACAACCUCCAGGUCCCAACAACAUGAACGGACCCCCCGGACGUGGUGGUCCUCAUCCUUCUUACUCUGGCGGCAUGGAGAAUGGUCCUGAGCAGCACGGUCCCAGAGAGGGAGGUAGAUACAGGCGACAAUCACGACGUCCUUCAGACGGAGGUCAGUCAAGGUCAGGUCCUUCUGACUCGCCACCCGGACAAGCUCCAAACACACAGCAGAACCGCUCCCAAGCGAUGGCGUCGGAGCACCACCAGCAGUCGCGCCGCGGCCCAUCACCGGAGCGACUAGCUGUCCCCAGCGACAUUAAUCGCCUCAACAGCCCCAGCAUCCAAAAGAUUGUUCUCCAGCCGCUGGAGCAAAAGAUCCAGGAGUACGACCACCUCAUGAACGAGGCUCAAUCGCAAAUGGCCCAGUUCGAUGAAGAACUCCGAAUUCUCCAAGAGCGACGACGCCAAGCCGAGGACCGCUUCAUGGAAGCCAAGGCCAAGCACGACGAGUACGAGCGACAGCACCUAGAUGUCGGCAAGGCCCUCCGCGGCGAGCUCGUAAGAGAGCAAGUGCCCCCACCAGUCCGACCCAUGGCCCGCAUGGAGAGCGUCGAGAGUUUCGGCCCGCGACCCGUGAGCGAGCAGAGCUCAUUCCACCAGAAACCAAAAGGCAGAGGAAUGCUUCGGAUGAGUCUGUUCAACAAGAGCUCCUAA